UAUGUUUCUAAACAUGAAUCCUCGUUUUCAUCACUGAAUAAGAAGCUAUACGAUGUUUCUGGUCAACUGCGGGACUUAGGUGCUCGUACUUCAGUGCUCGAAAAUAGAGUAACCCUACUAGAAAAUCAAUUAUCUAGUACUAACGCUUCUAACUCUCCCGCAGACGAGACUGUAAUAUCUGAAGUUAUAGUUCGACAGGCAAGAUCACGUAAUUUAAUUAUUUUUAAUGCUGCUGAGACUGACGGAAAUAAUGAAGAUGACUUAUCGCUAAUUAAAUUUGUCUUACAUUCUAUUACUCCUAAUAUUGCUCCAGCAUUAGUCUCUAGACUAGGCCAAAAAUCAAAUAAACCUCGACCACUUAAAGUUACUUUACAUGAGCCAUCCGAUGUCUUUAUCGUUCUCAAAAAUAAAUACAAACUACGCACGUCUACUAUCUAUAGUUCCAUCCGUAUAUCUCCAGAUCGUACUAUUAUGCAACGUAAUCAACUUCGUAAUAUCUUAGUGAAGCUCGAGGAACGCAAAGCAGCCGGGGAAUCCAACUUAGUGAUGAAAUUUGUCAAAGGUGUUCCAACCAUUUCAAAAAACUAA